AUGACCAGUGGCAAUGACGCGGAGAUGGAGAUGAGUGAGUCGACCAGCCUGUUAGGAAGGCCCAACAGAGGCAAGUACGGCAGCACCCAGAGACAGCAGGAGCGGAGGAGGCACCAGAAGAAGCAGCAGGACUGGAGGGACACCGAAAGCAGGGCGACGGGCCAGUUCCCGAUACGAGAGGUCUGUCUGAUCGGCCUCGGUAUGACGAUGAACAUCUACAUGCUGGUGAAUCUAUUCCCCUACAGUGGGACGAUGGUGAAGCAUCUCCUCUCGCUGGACACGAACGAAGUCGGUUACACGAGCGGCCGGAAGGCCAAGCUUUCGAAGGCGCGCAAGUCGGUACGGUUGCCGUCACGCCAGCGAAACAGACGGAAGCAGUGCAGCACCUUCCCUUUGUCUUUCACGAUGACGACGCUCGACGUGUCCCACCAAAUUCCAGGGUUCUACGCCGGAUACGUGGCGAGCUCUUUCACGUUCGGGCGGUUCUUGAGUGGCUAUUUCUGGGGCUUCGUUACCGACCGCUUCGGGAGGAAACCGGUGAUCAUCAUGGGCCUGCUGUCGAUGAUUACUUUCUCCGUGCUCUUCGGGAUAUCCAGGAGCUACACGAUGGCUAUCACAACGAGGUUGGUUCUCGGACUGACGAACGGCAUCAUGCCUGCCCUCCGAACCACGCUGAGUGAGGUUUGCGGGAAAAAGCACGUCGUCCAAGGGAUGACCUACACUAGCGGCACUUUUUUUUUCACUUCGGCUAUAAUCUGCACAAUUCCCAGCCUCGUCUUGGCAAGCCGACCGCACUUUUCACGUGCUUGCCGUGUCCAAUGCCAUGCCCCCCUCGGCCCCGCGAAACACCUGGGUUUCUUUGAAUGCUGUUCUGCAGCUGCUACGGCCAUCAGCUUGAUUUUUGGCACGGGAAUCGGGGGUCUCUUGGCGCAACCAGCUCUGCACUACCCGGAAUUUUUUUCCGCAACCGGCCUGUUCGGCAGGUUUCCGUUCCUGCUGCCGAACCUGGUGGGGGCGGUGAUGUCGGUUCUCGUCCUCGUCCUCGUCGUUUUCUUCCUCCCAGAGACAAAGGAUUACGUCGAACAACACAGCGGCGUUCCCGAACAGGUUUCGGUGUCCAAGAAGGGAAACGAGCCCGGGUUACUAGGACCAAGCGGGUUGCUGGCCACACCGCACGUCAAAAUGGUUCUUUUCCUUACAUGCAUAAUCUCGACCGUUUCGAUCGGUUUCGACGAGGUGUACCCGCUGUUCGCGUUGAGCACCCCGGACGUCGGAGGGCUCGGCUGGAGCACCGUAGAGAUUGGAAAGGUGUUGGUCAUGACGGGCGUCCUGAUGGCAUGUUGCCAGCUGUUGUUGUUCCCCCCUCUCAUCAAAAUGGUCGGCAUCACGACCUGGCAGCGGCUAGGCUGCCGGAUCGGAAUCGCCGCGUUCCUUGCUAUCCCUGCGGUUAAUGUCUUCAGCUGGAACUUCAACUCUCUUGUCGGCGUUUCCGUAGCGGCCAACACGCUCGCAAAUUGCAGCUGCGGGGCGGUCGACCUGGCACUGUCCAUCGGGUCAACCACUCUGGUUCCGUCGAACAUGCGGGGGAAGCUCGGCGGGCUUUUCAACACGGCCGAAAGCCUGGGUCGCUUCAUAGGCCCGGCCGGCUAUGCGAUUGUAUACGCAUGGUCUGUGUCUCCCUCCACGCUUGACGCUUUCGGUGGCUGGGUGGACUACCGCUUCGUGUUUGACGCGUCCGCUGCGGCUCUGGCUUUGGUGGCAGCACUCGCCUGGAGAACGCUCACUACGGAGAACUUGAUGAAGCCAGAUGGCUGUCGUGGCACGGAUUCGAAUGCGAACGUUGUUGGUGUUCGUGUGUGAGUGGCGUACCUCAUCCCAUUCUCAUUGUCGCACUCAGCGACCUAGAGCAGCGAGGGCGCAGACAAAGGGACGGGUAGGACAUGGCAGAGAUUCACGGAACUGGGUUCGUCUUGACCGCGUCGACCUAGAACGUUCAUCCCGUCGACUGGUUUGCGAUUCAUCUAAUAGCAAAGAGUGGCGCACUUUCGGAGCUUGAACGAACCAUAUCACCCUCCGUUUCGAAGGCAAUAGUGCUUGCUCGACUGGCCAACCAAAGAUGUCGAUCAACGUGGCAUGGGCAGGAAGACAACAGGUGAAUGUUGAUGUUUUAGUUUAGGUGGAGCCUUGUAAGGCACAUUUCGGGCGGGUGGAUGGGUCGCUCGCUCUAUGGCGGAACCGUUGUAUUCACGUUCCGCUUGAAUAGAUCUCAGGUGCCGUGUGUGUUUGUAAGCCUUUCUCAUGCAAAUGAUCUGGCCUGUGAAUUAUCUUUUGAUAAGCUGUCCGUGACGGCUUCAUGUGACGGCUUGAUGUGACAGCUACAUGUAAUUCCUUGAACUGAAUUACGCAUGGAACCAGUCUUGAAUUCAGUACCGAAUAAUCUCGAUGGAAUUUUCUUUGGGGGGCUAGCAUGCGAACUAGUCUUGAUUCCCUCCCGGCAGGAUUAAUUAU